AUGGAUGUAGAUGACAAUGGCGCAAAGUUUUUUGGUAUGAAUAAAUAUGAGAAUUACGUAAAUCAAAAAAAAUCCAAAGAAAAUAAGAACAGCAUUUCAAACUCGAAGGGGGAGGACAUAAAUCGCGCCAAUGGAGAAUACGAUAAGAUUGAUGCACACGAGGAGAAUGACCAGUCACACGAAGGAUUUGUCACCAUCUCGGACCAGUCUUCAUGUGUGAGCUCCAUUUACAGAAACGAUUUUUAUGAUGACGAAGAUGAGGAGGAGGAGGAAAAUGCCAACCGUGCCGAUGAGGACGAAAAGUUUAACUCCGUGAAUAAUGGGACCAACCAAUCGAGCCCACCUCAUCAUCCUCAAAGUAAUGUUAAAAACAAUUCCGAUGACUCCAUGUCAGAUGAGGAAUAUGCAACUUAUAUAGAUCAAAAGGAAAAGUAUGUAAAUAAAAUUCUCAACAGAGGGGAAACCAAUAGUUACGAAGACAACGAUGAUUUCUUGGAAUCCUUCGAAAAGGCAGGAACAAAUUUGGGGAAGAAAAGCAAAUGGAAGAGGCUAUUUUCCUUCAACAGGAAUGGCCACGUAGCACAGAGGGACCAAUGGAAUAAACCCUCCGAGAGUAGUGAACCCGUAGAGAAGGUGGCGCGUUACGGGGAAGCGGACAGUGAUCAACCGAAAAGUGCAAGUUGCGGGAAUGAGAGUUCUCCGCAGGGGAAGGACAGUAUGGGCGAUCCUCCCGAUGGCCGUAGUGAUAACCGCGAGGGUGAUAAUUCCGAUGCCUCGUGCAAGGAAGACGAAUGCAAAGAUGGCAAAGAUGGCAAAGAUGACAAAGAUGGCGAAGAAGGCAAAGACGGAAAAGACGACGAAGACGACCUGUACUCCGUCAUAAGCGGCUCCGAGGGGGACAACGAUAUUUUCUUCGCCACGAAGAGAAGCAACAACGCGAGCAUGGCAUCCCCUAAAGGGGACAGCGCGAAGAAGGAUGGCCAAUCAACUAUCGAUCAGCGGAAUAAAAAAGAAAUCCACAAUAAGGAGGAAAACCAAAAAGGUGCAGGCUCUCCACGCGCAAGCGCAACUAGGAGGAUUAAAUUCCAGGACGAAAUUGUGCAAAAUGCUGAAGCGGUUAAAACGACGACACAGAAUAAAGAGGAAAGGAUGGAUAAGAAGAAGAAACAAAUUGCUGCCUCCCCUCGCGGGAUGAACACAAUUCCGAGCGAACAGGACACCAAAAAGAGACACAGGGAAAAGGAAAAACAUUUUCAAAACAAAAAAAAUUACGAAUUUAAAAAACUUGUGUCGUCCACUAUUAAUAUGUGCCAUCCGAAAAUUAAAAGCACAAAUGAUACGGAGGAUAUUCUAAGCAAUAUGGAAAAAAUUUCCCAAAUUGUCAUACUGGAUGAUAGAAACAAGGGAAGAAGCGGAUUGAACAAGGCGGAGGAAGAAGAGGAAGAGGAAGAAGAAAGCACCAACAGUCUCUACGACGAUGUAGACAACAUCCUGGAUGAUCGGAAAAAAAUGUACAUGAAAAAAAAAAAUGAAUAUCUUAUGAGCAAGACGAAAAGUGAGGGAUUAACGAACACUGAGGAGAAUGAAAGGGGGCAGCAACAGAGCAGCAGGGGAAACUUAAACGGUGCGCAAAAAAGCCCCGCUGGUAGUAGUACCCCCGUUGGUAGUAGCAUCCCCGCUGGUAGCAGCACCCCCGCCGGCGCCAAAGGCGCAGAGGGAGAAAGAACCGAUUUUAUGUACUACCUAAAUCACGACAUGAUAGAGUUAAAUGAAAACGUUUUCAAAUUAUACCAUGGGACUUGUGACUACACCCAUCGAAAUCUGUGUGCAAAGAACAUCAUCAAUAUUGUGCCCCACCUGCACAACAUAUAUGAACGUAAAAAUUUGAGCUACAUAAAGGACUCGCCAAAUUUUCACGAAGUGUAUAAGGUUGUUCCGGAGUGGAAAAACUCCUUCGAGAUGCUAAACAAGAAAGCGCAAGAAGAUACAGAGGAUAUGAAAAAUGUACUGAGAAGGAUUGAGAAUAUCCAAAAUGAUUUAGACGAAUUGGGGAGAGAUCUCAUAGAAGAUAAAAAAGAAUUCGAAAGUAUUAAAUUCGAAACAGUGCAACAUGAAUCGAUGAUAACAAAUUUGGAGAAAAAAAGUAAAACACUUAUUAAGGGAGUAUUGAAAUUGGAUAACAUGUCUUUUAAGUUGAAAAAAAUACAUAAUAUAAAUACGAAUAAUAUGAAUAAUUUUACCAUUGUAGAGAAUGUGAACAGGUUGCUAAAAUAUAUGGAUAAGGAGAAAACUAUGGACAUUCUGCGAUUCCAGCCAAUAGAUAAUGUUUAUAAUUUUCUCACCAACACAGAUGAUGAGUCCUGCUUCAUUAUGAAUCUCUUGAGAGAGGAAUUAAAAGAAAUGAUACUAGAGAAGAAAGAUCAAAUGCAAAAUAUCAUAAGAAGGACUAUGCUUUACAACGCAUAUGAUACAAAUAGCUACAAGGAGCAUAUCACCAACACGUUAAAUAAACAGAGCCUAAUCAUAAAUCGUAUCAAAUGCAACAUCCAUUGUAACGUAAUUCUACUCUUCGAAAUGUAUGAAAAGUUUGCAAAGAAAAAUAUGAAGGUUGUAAGAAUUGGGGAAAAUCAAAUAAAAAAUUACCUAAAUGAAGAAUCGAAAGCAUCCUAUAUAAUAAAAUCUGUUAAUGAUAACAACAAAAAGAUCUCCAAAUAUUUCAACUGUAUUAAUUUUACUCGAAACAAACCAAUUAUUCAUCCUUUCUUUAUUAACUUUUGUUUAAGUGACAAUUUUGUUCAUCAUUUUAUUACCUUUGUUUUGGAUCCUUUAUCAGACGAACACCAGAAAGAUUUCCUGCAGUAUUGUUCUGUGCCUGGUUUUAAUUCUCCAUUAUUUGUUGAAAAAAUUGUCAAGCUGUAUAGGCAAGAAGAACAAUUCACCAAAAGUGACACUUCGUAUGACUUUAGGUCAGCUUACUCCAGAAUUAUCCUUCCCGAUUUCUCAGACGUUGGUAAUAAUUCCUACCCUAAUCAGCAGUACGAACGAUGGAAUGAAGAAAAUCAGUACUUGAUAGCUUUGAAAACGGCUUCAGAUUCCUGUUUUAAAUCUCUCCUAGAGAACAACCAAUUUGAUCACCUCUCCUCCGUGGACUCGAACAAUGCCUUCAAUUUGUUUCACUACAUCCCCGAGUCGAUAACUAACAUGAGCACCAGUUCGGCUGUUCCCAAUUACGCAAAUUAUACUCCCCUUCAUAAUAACAACACUUUUAGUUUUAACAUUAGCAGUAAUGGUCCCCUCUCCUCCUUUGGAAUGGCAAACUUUGGUGCUUCCAACAAAUUUGGGUCCACCCCUUCAUUUGCUAACAACAGCAUGAUGAUGAAUAAUAAUUCCGCGCUCAGUAACAAUGCUAACGGGAUGUUUGCUCAGAGCAGCGGAAGUGUAUUCCCCGGUGGUGCUUCUUCCCCGGGUGGGAUGUUCGGAAGUUUCAACUCCGCCCCCACCACGAGUGGCAUGAACCAGGCAGGUGCCCUUACAAACCAGUUUGGCGGCUCUUCCAACCAGUUUGGCAGCCUCUCCAACCAGUUUGGCGGCUCUUCCAACCAGUUUGGUACCCCCUCUAACCAGUUUGGCGGCCUCUCCAACCAGCUUGGCACCCCCUCCAACCAGAGCAACACAUUUGGAACGAACGUGAUGAACGCCCCCUCCAGCGGAGGAGCGAGCAACAUGUUUAACCAGAACAGUGCCAGUUCUCUGAGCGGAUUUAACCAAAACAGAAGCAACUCUUUUGUUGGGGGCACCUCUGGUGGGAUGUUCGGAAAGGCCAACUCGGUGGCCACUGGUGGUAACGCGAUCAAGUUAGGAAGCAGCUCCAACAUGUUUGGAAGCAUUGCGAACAGUUCGACAGGCAUGUUCGGAAGUAACUUCAAACCGAACGUGCCCAGCAAUAUGUUUGGAAAUAAUGCAGCCAGUAAUCAACCCGGUAGUCAACCCGGUAAUCAAUCCGGCGGGGGGACGAGCAACCUGUUUGGAACCAGCGGAAGCGCGAGCAGGGGGAAUUUCUUCAACAGCAGCAGUGGCAGCGGUGCGCUAGGGAUGUCGACCAACACGAUGAGCGCCAACACGGGACUGUUUAACCAGGGCAACAGCAGCGCCAACACCAACACGAAUUCCACCCUUUUCGGUGGCCUCUCCUCAAGUAACGCAAAUAUGUCGAACUCGCAAUUCACGAAAAGUGGGCAAAUCGGCUCAAGUAACGUAUUCAACAGUGGCCCCAGCACAGCGACCAGCAUGGGCAUCAACACCCUAAGUAACAACAGUAGCAACAUGUUCUUCUCGCCUAACAAUCAGUCUAACACGAACAUGUUCUCAAGUAACAAUAACAAUAGUGGCACGCCCUUCGGAAAAAACUUCACCAGUGGGAGUGGCUCGCAGUUGAAAGAUAGCAUGUUUUCAUCUGCUCAAUCAACCAGCAGGAAUCAAAUAACGAGUAGUAAUUUCUUUUCAGCAAAUAAGGACAUGAUGAGUACGGCGACGAAUAGUAGCACUUUUUUUUCGAACACUUCUAUGGGCAACACCUCGACGGGUGUAAACACUAGCUCCUAUGCAUUUGGAGGCAAGCAAAGCUUUGGCACGUCCGGCAUGAUCUCUGGAGGAAUGAACGCAAGCCAUGCCAACCAAAGUGGAAACCUCUUCAAUAGGGGUGGUAUGUAUGGUGGCCAAAUGUCAGCCCUUCCUGGGAACACCAAUUUUAACAACCUCACUAGCAGCAGCAGCAGCAACAUCAACCGAAGCAACAUCAACAGCAGCAACAGAAUGGACAAUUCCCUUUCCGCCAAUAAGUAUGGGAACUACUUCCAGAAUAACGGCACCUCCAAAAGCAGCAUCUUUUCUGCAGGUGCGAAUAGCCUCUCAAGCAGCAGUAACACCAGUAUGUUCCACGCAGAUUCAAGCAAUAAAAAUAGCAACGUGUUUAAUAACACAAGUACUAACAACACACCCAUGGGAAGCAUGUUUGGAAGCAACUUAGCCUACGGUACUAACGCUAAUAGUUUGUCCUAUAAUAAUAGCAGCAAUAGAAACGCUGCGAACAGUCUGCUCAGUGCACAAAAUAACAACCAGUUUAGAUCAUCUGUAGGAUUGAUGACCGGAAAUAACACUCCCACCAACAACAGUAAUAACUCUUUCCUACCUAACCACAAUAAAUCCUCUUUCAUGUUUUCAAACGAAAAUAAAGGAAUAAGUACCCUUACGACAUAUGACAAUAAUUUGUUUCAAAAUGCAGGUAACAGUUUUCUCGCCAAUAACAAACCUGGAAUGACAUCGCCGUCGAGUAUGUCCAACAGCUUGUUCCAGAAAAGUACCUAUUCUUCUCUAAAUCAGAACAAAGGAUCCUUGUCCACGUUUAACAGCAACAGCAACAACCCCGGCAACUUCGGGUUGGUCAACCAUAAUGCAGGCAUCAUGGGUGGCACCAACAUUGGCAAUAGCAGCGGCAACAGCAGCAAUGUUAACCGAUUCCAGCAGAACAGCUCGUCGAACUAUCCCUCAGUUUUCAGCCCAUCUAACAAGGGCAACACCAUCUUUUCGAGGUAG